AUGCCCACAACUGGAGCGCCAGCACCUGGAUCAAAAGCCAGUGGAAGGAGACGGAGCGGUGCCUCGCGGGCGGCCUGGGUCGGCGAGGGCCGGUCAGAGAUUCCCAAGCUGAGGGGUGCCUCAAGGAUGCGUGAUCACAUCAGGCCUGUUUCUUCCUCCCUGGAGCCUGGUUUUGUUCCAGAAGAGGUUUUCCGAAGCCUGACCUGUGCCAGCAAUUCCCUCUACAGCCCAGAGUACUUACGGUCCCAAACCACCAAAACCCCAAUGGGCUUCAGGGGCUGCCUGCAGACCCCAGAUCGGCUUUGGCAUUAUCCUAAUCGUCGGAGCAAGUUCAGACACCUGACAGACUACCCUGUCAGCUUGACGGGCGCUGGAAGGGAUGUCUCUUACCUGUGUGACAUUGCAUCUGGCCAAGAAGCUAAGAAAUCGAUGACUGGCAGAAGCUCUUUCACUGAGAGCUGUCAGGACCGGAGAGGGAGCCGUGGUACAGUCCCACGUACUCCUCGAGCAACCCUAGCAGAUAGUCUGGUUCCCAAGGAAUUUCACAUUGUGAAGAACAGGGGAGUUUUGCCCUUGAAGUACUUUGAUGAUAAAUACACAACGCUGCUUGAAGACCGUGAAAAGAAACUACGACUGUUCCCAUCCAUGAAACCUUCUGGGAGGUUAGAGGUCAUCCAGCUGAUGGAGGUGAUGGACAGUAUGUUGGAAAAAGCUGGAGUAGACAAGCUAAUCAGAAUAACAGGACCUUCACAGCUGCACAACGCGCUGGAGCUGAUGAAGGCGGAGCAGAACAUCUACAACAUCGUUUUCCAUGAGCUGAUUCGGCAGGUCAGCGUGGACUGCGUGGAGAGAGGACAGCUGCUUUCUAAGCUCAGGCAGAGGUACGUGGGUCUCCUGGAGCGGAUUCCUGAACAGAUGAAGACCCUCUACAAAAAAAUGAUGGCACAGCAGUUGGUUGACAGACAUAUUACAGAAGAACUGCUCUGUUUUAAAGAAUCUGUUGGACAGUUGGCCAGCCAGCUGUACGAGGUACGAGAGGAUGACUGCAAGGUGACCAAAGAAGCAGAAAAAGCUCAAGAGGAGCUAGCUACAGCCGUGCAGGAAGAUAAGGUGAAUGCAAACCUUUUGGAAGAGUAUCGGGAGUUAUACGAGUUACAGAGAAAACGACUGGAAGAGCAAGUUCUGCUGCUAGCCCGAGAGAGAGACGUUUGGAGCUCAGCUGCAUAUGACCUGGCUCUGAAGAUAGUAGACAGAAACCAGCUCACAUUGGUUCGUAGGCUCCAUGUUAGUGGAAAGACACUGACCAACGUUCUCAGGCAUUUCAUAGUCCUCUUGGCCUCAAAGGACACGGGAGACCUGGCUGAUCUGCAGGAAGAGACCGAGCAGUUCAGGGAGAGGUUAGGUCACGUUGGAGCAGAAAUAGAGCAUUCUGAGGAGUCCAGCCAGGGAAAACUGCAAAUUGUCUGCAGCAGCCUCAACAAGCGGCUUCAGGACUUCCACUGCAGUGACUCCUCCUCUCCAAUGAAUGAAAAAUUGGAUGAAGUCCUACAAGAUAUCAAGAACUUGAUAAAUAUGCUAAAAGAAGACCUAGAGCAGUACGGAGGGGAGGUGCACCUAAGAAAGAUUGAAAGUCUGCGGAGCGCUGCCAGUGUGCAGGAGCACUGGACGGAGCUGGGACAAACAGUGCUGAAUCGACACCGGGACUUUGCUGGAGCGUUGCCUCCACAGCACGCUGCCCUGGAAGAAAUAAACCAAAGGGCGUGUGAACUCUACCAGCAAUACAAUAUAAGGAUAAGUGGGAAUAAUGGCACAGCCAAGUUUUUGACAGCCUUGGUGAGAAGUAUGGAAGAUUGGUUAUUCAAGGUGCAAAAGCUGAAGCGAGGUUCUGGCAUGCACGAAGCUAAGCUGCGGGCAUUUUAUCACAAAAUUCCUGGGUGGCUGGCCCAGGUGGAUGCAGUGAUGAGCUGUAUAGGCUCCAGCCAGUUGCAUGAAGCUGAGAGUGAUAAGAAACCACAUUUCCCAGUGGUACCUAGAGAAUUUUUUCAGAUGAUUCAGCAAUGGCUACUGUCCGUGAAUAAUGAGGUUGAGAACAGCAUCACGCAUCUUAAUGAAAAAGUGACUGAACUGCACCAAAACCUGACCCUGUGGCUGGUGAAUUUGCUGAGAUGCAUGACAGCAGACCGCUCAUCCUGGGAGCAUCCCCAGUCAGGCACCAAGAUGGAUGAGGAGCUCAGACUUCUGGGGGCUCAUAAGCUGCAGCACGAAGCUGAAGAGCUGGUUGCGGAAAUGGGCAGACUCUCUGGUUCUGUAGUCAGCUGCUGCCGCGAUAUUGUCAAUGCAAUCGUUAGAAAGAAACGGUCAGAGAUGGAUUUAGAAGCUGAUUUUGAGCUGGAGGAGCUGAAUAAGAUCAAGACUGAGUGCUGUAAUUGGAUUGAAGCGUGUAGUCUUCUCCUUUCAGAAAUCAAAGGCACUCCUGUCUCCUUUCUGGAUUUAGAAGACCUGAGAAACCUCUUUGGAUCAGAGGUAAAACUGAGAAACCUCUUUGGAUCAGAGGCAUAUAUAGACUGCAUUUGCUGUUCUAGGUCGAACCAGUCUGAAUGAAAAUCUGCUUCAAAACUUUCCCUUGAGGAAGCAGCUACAGAAUUGCAGUUGAAGCUUAAGCUUAAGGACACUAUCAUUUCUUCAACUCAGGAAGAGCUUGAAGCUGAAGAUGCCAACAGUAGUAGGAAACCCGUAAGAGAAGAAGAAACAUUAGAAGUAAAGGAGAAAAUUGCUAUUAUGCAGCAGCCACGUGCUGGCAUGGAUUAUCUGACUGAGGACAAUGAAGCUACUGCAGACAUGAUCAGAUAUGUAGGACAUGACUCCAACAUCCAUGUGAAGUCUCUGAAGUCAGACAUCGUUUCGGUUACAGGGAGGGAGAUGACUGCCACCAAGCCAUCGACUUCCUUUUCUCAGAAAGAGUUUGAAGCGCUGGCAAUGCUGGAACAUCUGCAAGUGCAGCUCCUAGAAACAGAGAUCCGUGCUCAGAAUGCAGAGGAGAGAUCUGAAGGUCUUGAAGAGAAGCUGAAGGAAGCUCUACAGAGAAUCAAAGAGCUAGAGUGUGAGCUGGAGAAAGAGGGCAAAGUCAUCCCAGAAGCAACACACAAAGAAGGGCAAGAAAAAUGUUUCCAAGAAGGGAUCUCAGAAGUCAGGGCCUGCUCAAGUCCCAAAGCUUCUACCUCCAGCCAGUCCAAGGGAUCCAGAAAAAGCAAACGUUAA